AUGACAUUCACGGCCAUCCGAUCCCUUUCCCCUGCCCGGCUCUUCCGUCACAACAUGUCCACUUCCACCGGCCUUCAUGGCCAGCGCAGUAUCUCUUUUUCUUCGUACCUAGUGACGCCAAAACAACUGAGUGAAGCACUCAAGAAGAACCCUCCAACCAAAAUUUCAACUUCCCCGCGUGUGAUUCCUCUCUGCGCAGCAUGGUUCAUGCCAAAUGACCCACAGGGUCGUACGGGCAUCGAGUCCUUCCGCAACUCGCGCAUUCCUCAAGCCCGAUUUUUCGACCUUGAUGCCAUCAAAGACAAAGACUCCCCAUAUCCCCACAUGCUUCCAACUUGUGAGGCAUUUGCUGAGGCCAUGAGCGAGUUGGGCAUCCGCCGCGACGACGAGGUGGUGGUCUAUGAUACUGCCGAGCUGGGUAUUUUCAGUGCACCCCGUGUUGGUUGGACAUUUCGUGUUUUUGGCCAUCCAAAUGUGCAUGUCCUCAACAACUACCGCCUCUGGGUUAAGGAGGGACUUCCGACCGAGAGCGGCGAGCCUGCGCCAGUGGAGAAAUCCAAGUACACUAUUCCAACCUUCGACUCACGGUUGGUGAUCUCCUUCCGCGAGAUGAAAGAGCUUGCUUUGGACUAUGGCAAGGAAGGUGCCGAGCCAGUUGAGAUACUAGAUGCACGCUCCUACGGUCGCUGGGCUGGAACCGACCCGGAGCCGCGCCCAGGCUUGUCAUCUGGCCAUCUUCCUGGCUCUAAGAGCCUGCCUUUCCAAGAACUUUUGGACCCUGAGACAAAGACAUAUCUUCCCGCUGAAGAGCUGCGGAACGUCUUUGAGAAACACGAGGUGGAUCCUACUCAGACAAUCAUCAGCUCGUGCGGGACUGGCGUGACUGCCUCCAUCAUCGAGACGGCCUUGGGCGAGGCAGACUAUGGCGACCCGCAUCUGCGUCGGGUAUAUGACGGUAGCUGGACUGAAUGGGCGCAGCGAGUUAAGGAAUCGGAUGGCCUCAUUAAGAAGGUGAAGUCAUAA